AUGAGUGAUGGCGCGUGGAUCUCCCUCAGCCCGACAGAAUUUGCGCAGCUCCAGCAAUAUUCUGAUUAUUCCACUAAGAAGCUGAAGGAUGUCUUGGAAGAGUUCCAAGGGGACGGAGUCCUCUCAAAAUAUAACCCAGAGCAGAAGCAAGAUACCCUGAACCAACCCAUUGACUACGAGGGGUUUCGGCUCUUCAUGAAGACGUACCUGGAGGUGGAUAUUCCUGAGGAGCUCUGCCAGCACCUCUUCAUGUCCUUCAAACGCAAGAUCUGCCAGUAUUCCCCAGAGUCUCGGCGACAAGGUUCCAGCAUCUCACAGCUCAACAUCCUGGAGCCAAAAUCCAUUGAUGCGGGCAUCUCCAUCCAGACUGAAGUGGCCUGCGCCCCCGUCACAGGGAUCAAUGGGAAAACUCUCUUAAGUGCCCUGGGAAGACACACUCCUGACUCCAGGAGCUCCCCCUCUAGCCUCACAGAGCAGCAGUCCACUUCUCUGAUCCCUACACCUCUAGCCAACACCAGUGCCCUCGGGAACGCCUCUCCCAACUGGUCCAGGUCCUCCUCUCAGAAAUCCACCGCCGGCACCCACUCUGCUCACAAUUCAUCAGGCUCCUCGAAGAUCUCCGCCGGGGCUGUGCUCAGCCCUCAGUCCCCAGGCUCACGAAGCCUAGAGAAGAGGUUACCGUUCAGCCUGCGCAAGACCCACAACUCCCUUAAAAUGGCCAAUCCGCACCAGCCGACCCUCAUGUCUCAGGUAGCCUACCUGAAGGACAUUGUUUGCUACCUGUCGCUGCUGGAAAGGGGCCGGGCUGAAGACAAGCUGGAGUUUAUGUUUCGUCUCUACGACACUGAUGGCAACGGCGUCCUGGACAGCUCGGAGCUAGAUCGGAUCAUCAACCAAAUGGUGCACGUGGCAGAAUACUUGGAGUGGGACUCGACGGAGCUCAAGCCGAUUUUGAAGGAGAUGAUGGAGGAAAUAGACUAUGAUCAUGAUGGCACCGUGACGCUGGAAGAGUGGAUCCGGGGCGGCAUGACCACCAUCCCCUUGCUAGUCUUGCUGGGGAUGGAGACUAAUGUGAAGGACGACGGGCAGCAUGCCUGGAGACUGAAGCACUUCAAGAAACCUGCCUACUGCAACUUCUGUCGCACCAUGCUGUUGGGGGUCCGGAAACAGGGCUUGUGCUGCUCCUUUUGUAAAUAUACCGUCCAUGAACGGUGUGUGUCCAAAGAGAUUGCCUCGUGCAUCAGCACAUACGUGAAAUCCAAGAGGAACACCAAUGUCAUGCAGCACACCUGGAUCGAGGGGAACUCCCCAGUCAAGUGUGACCGGUGCCACAAAAGCAUCAAGUGCUACCAGGGUAUUACCGGGCUACACUGUGCAUGGUGUCAAAUCACACUUCACAAUAAAUGUGCCUCCCAGGUGAAGCCAGAGUGUGACGGGGGACAGCUCAAGGACCACAUCUUGCUGCCUUCUGACAUCUGCCCAGUGGUUCUGGACAGGCAGUCCCACCCCAGGAAAUCAGACAGCGAUUCCCCUGCCAGCACCUGUCCAGACGACACCGCCCAGACCAAAUUCAAUACCACCACACUGGACGGGCACGGCCUGCAGAUCACCCCCAGGCCCGGGACCCACCCUCUGCUGGUCUUCGUGAAUCCCAAGAGUGGAGGGAGACAAGGAGAAAGAGUCCUUCGGAAAUUCCACUAUCUGCUCAACCCCAGACAAGUGUACAACCUGGACCGAGGGGGACCGACUCCUGGGUUGAAUUUUUUCCGUGACACCCCAGACUUUCGUGUCCUGGCAUGCGGCGGGGAUGGGACUGUUGGCUGGAUCCUGGACUGCAUAGACAAGGCGAACUUGCUGAAGCACCCCCCUGUGGCUGUCCUGCCACUGGGAACGGGCAAUGACCUGGCCAGGUGUCUGCGCUGGGGAGGAGGUUACGAAGGGGGCAGCCUGCUGAAGGUGCUGAAGGACAUUGAACACAGCAUCGAGGUCAUGUUGGACCGGUGGCGGAUUGACGUGAUCCCCACGGACAAGGAGGAGAACGGAGACCCUGUCCCGUACAGCAUCAUCAACAACUAUUUCUCCAUAGGCGUGGACGCCUCCAUCGCGCAUCGAUUCCACGUGAUGAGAGAAAAGCACCCUGAGAAAUUCAACAGCAGGAUGAAGAACAAGCUGUGGUAUUUUGAAUUUGGCACGACUGAAACCUUCGCUGCUACCUGCAAGAAGCUCCACGACUACCUAGAGAUCGAGUGUGACGGAACGCUCCUAGACCUGAGCAGUACCUCACUGGAGGGCAUCGCCGUCCUCAACAUCCCCAGCAUGUAUGGCGGCUCCAAUCUCUGGGGCGAGACCAAGAGACAGCGCAGCUAUAACCGGAUGAGUAAGAAAGUGCCCGAAAAGUUGCACUCCACGGUGGUCACUGAUGCCAAGGAACUCAAGUUCUGCGUCCAAGACCUCAGUGACCAGCUCCUGGAAGUGGUGGGUCUCGAGGGAGCGAUGGAGAUGGGGCAGAUCUACACCGGACUGAAGAGUGCUGGAAAGAGACUGGCUCAGUGUUCAUCCGUCACCAUCAGAACAACAAAGCUGUUGCCCAUGCAGGUGGAUGGAGAGCCCUGGAUGCAGCCUCCCUGCACAAUAAAAAUUACCCACAAAAGCCAAGUGCCGAUGUUGCUGGGUGCUCCCCAGAAGAGCAGCUUCUUCUUCCUGAAGAGAAGAAACCGAACUCAAGACUAA